UCUACAGAUUCAUAUUUCCCAAAAGGAGAAAACAAGAAAAAAAAAUGCCUAGCGCGAUUGAAAUCAAGUUGGGCUAGUAAAGAAGGGAGCUUGGGGCUCACAUGCCCUGGUUGGUCCCAUGGCUGCAUUUAUGGCCAGGGAAGGCUCAGCCACCAGCAAGAUCCUCAUCCCCUCCUGCCCAGUAACAUAUCCUUUAGAUGUCCAGCAACAAUGGAUCAGUGCUGUCUCAUGUCAGGUCACUUUAGAAGAAUGAGAUUUUAGCCAGCUUCUGUGCCUCAGGAAUGAUGCAACAAAUGGAAUGCUGCUUGUAGAGCAAAUCAGGAUAGGAUCAGGAAGACACUGCCCCCACAGGACCAUCUGGGAGAGAAGACUUAGAGAAAGAUCGACUGGGCUUCUGAACUGUACAUUUGCAUUCUGGUGUUGGGGCUGAGGCAGGUUUAGUUACCUCCUCCCCCGCCAAUAUGUAGAAUGAUAGGCCUAACACCUGCUACUUGUGAGUCUCUCCAUUUGAAACUUGUGAGAAUCAGCACCACUUUGUUUGUUUUUCCAGUACUGGGAAUCGAACUCAAGACCUUGUGCUUGCCAGGCAGAUGCGGUGCCGCUGAGCUGUAUCCCCGACACCAGCACCACUUUGAAAAAUCUGUCACCAGUAUCUCUCCCAAUGCCCCAACAUCCUCUGCCCAAUUCUUUGCUCGAAUCAACUUGGAUGGCUCGCUCUAUGGAAGCACUGGCAAAGAAGAUCUUUAAAGGAAUUUUAGUAGCUGAACUUAUCGGCGCUUUUGGAGCAUAUUUUUUGUUUAAUAAGAUGAACACAAGCCAAGAUUUCAGGCAAACAAUGAGUAAGAAAUUUCCUUUCAUCUUAGAAGUUUAUUACAAAUCCAUUGAACAGUCUGGAAUUUAUGGAACCAGAGAGCAAGAUCAAGAAAAAUGGUUGGCUAGCAAAAAUUAGGCUUUUUCUUUUUCUUGAUGAUACUUCUCACAUCUCUGUUGUGUAUCCAGUCGUCACGUUCAGCCUCCCAUCUAAGCUGUUUGAGACCUUUAGGAGAAGAAAGAUGAGUUCACCAUGCUGUGGACACUGGACUCCCACAGGGCUCCUGCCGGACAGCAGGACUUCAGGUCGCCCAUGGCACGCAGCUCCCACCCACUAGGCAAACCCACCACCUGUUCAUUGCUCUUCUACUUUUAUUGUCUAAGAUUAAUAUUUUAUAAAUAAAACGCUAAGGAAGGAAAACGAACAAA